UCCGUUCGGCACGAAAAAUAAAUGUUUCGUUAUAUAACUGAGAGGGUUGUGCCUCCCUUCUUGUUUUUUCCCAUACUUCCAUGGUGAAAAGACUUAAUGAGAACUAAUGCGCGAAAAACAUCCGAAAUAACUAGGCCAUCAGUUAACCGCAGACCUUUGUUGACUGGAUAUUCGGAAAGGCCGUUUAAGUCUACCAGAAGAAGGCACAAAUUCGAAAUGGAAAUAAUCUCAGAAGUGGGACAUAGCGUAACGGCGUACGUGUCGAAAAAGCUCAAAACAUGUACAACGUGCAACAGUUGAAGAGAAAAACUAAAAGUUUUAUACGAGAAAAUUAUCCAUAAUUACCUCAUUAGCUGCUGCACUACCUGGGAAAGUAGCCGUGAUUCAACCGUAUGCUUCCGCUGCAUUAGUUCGUUGAAUUUUCGUGACAUGCAAAACACGUUAGCCGCAGACGUCAGUUGCAGAAGGGCCGCGAGAAGUUCCCUGUCCCAUAUUACACCAAUGUCUACAUUGUUGAGUCCAGCAAGAUGAAUGCAUUCGCUUUACGUCCACUAAGUGGUCAACCAGUUGGCUUACAAAUGACUUUCGUAUCGAGAAAAAUCGAACAUCUAAGAUAAAGGGAAUUCGCUUUGUUCCAUCUCUGCCUUUUAAAGAAAUUGCAAGUGCGUACGAGUCCAAGUCCGUGACGAAGUGCAUCAACCUCAACACGACAUAACAAACAAUAGCUGACAGGUGCAAAUCAAAGAAUAAGGUGCUUUGAAUCAACGCCAGACUGCGAUCAAUUGAGAGGGCCGAUGGUGGCACACGCAACGUUUGGCAGAAGCCCGGAAAUGUGGGCUUGAUAAAGCUUGGCCAACCGAGCGACACGACCGCGUUUUAAUCUGGCGCAAGGCCUUUCCAAUUACGGGCGCAGGGUGUUUAACGCUGGAGAAGAGGGGACGUGAUCAGAAGAUUAAACGGCAAACAGAAGAGGCUGAGGGCAACGAACACGCAAAAAGACUUGGAAGAUUCAAAGGGUUUGUUAUUGCGAAGAUGAACGAAGAGAUAUAUGUGUGAUCAGCGUGAGGAUGACACUUUGUAAAUUGCAUGUACUGCCUUACACGUCGACGACCAAGACAUAUUUUUAUUUGGCGUGCGAAUGACGAACGGUACAUUAUCUAGCGUUACGAUUGUUAAAUCUAGUGGCGUUGCUUAUUUGAAAGGAAUCAACAGAUGCCACACGAGAAAAGGCGGCGACGUUAAUCUUUUUUAAAACAAAACAUUCCUGCGUGUUUCGACUGAAGAGGAGGCCAGCGGUGAUGCGUCGCAUAAAGUUGAGCGGUAAACGACAUUUAACGCAGUUUCCAUGAAAUAUCAAACUGUUAUAUGUAAAAGAUAAUCUAGGGAAAAAGAAAACGGCAUUAAGGAAAUGCAGACAGCUGCGAUUGACGUUCUAUUAAAAUGAAGUGGAGGCCACCUGCCGACGUCAUCGUGGCCGGGAUUCCGUCGCAAGUCUAUAACAAUAACGGCACUUUAUUUUCCUCAGUCGGAAUUAAUAUGCACAAAUGUCCGUGCCUAUAUACGUGCGUUCUUCGACAGAGGAACUGAAGGGAUUGAGUCUCGUCUACGUAACGAUGCGCUGCUCGGUCGACAGGUAACAAUCGGACGGAAAAGCCGCGAGAUAAUUUCACGUGUAUAUGCGCCAUCAAAUAAAAAAGUGAGCAAAACAUGCGGGUUUGGCUAGGCCACUCUCAGAAGACGGCCCGAAAAGAAACAAUACGAAGAAAACGUAACAGAAUGUAUGAAUAACAACGAGAAUAAAAUGUAUACGUGUAUACAUAGUACACAUAUGUGUGUGUGUACACACAGAAGAGCCAACGAGGUAAAGUAACAGAUGGUGAGCGUGAGUUUGGGCUUAUAGCGGUAUUUACGGCAACCCACCUCUUCCGAAUCCAUCCCCGCCUGCUGCCACUGCUGGAUAUUUUUCGGUGUGUGUGUGUGGCUUAACUAUAGAGAUGGGACCGACCUAGGAGCCGCCUCUGUCGCCAUUGCCACCGAAUGUUUUCUACCAACCAACCACCAACAGACGUCACUGCUGGCUUUGGCCCGAUACCAUCGAGAGAGCACAUACUAGCGGCAGUUUAUGUGCAACAUGCUCACAGUCUUCCACCAACUUUAGUCCGUGCUGCAAUCCAUUAUUGAUCGCGAGCUUCUUUUGCAAGGACUUGAUUUUCCUGUCAUCACCAGACGAUUGUAUUCAAAGAGGCGGACGUAUCCGACACCAGUGCGUGAUCUUCGAUUUCCUCUGGAGAAAAACUGUUCAAUUUCGACAUCAUGUCUGAAUUCGAGCCCAUCCCGGAAGAGAAUCCUCGACAGAGUGGUAGCCGAUCAACGCACAAGGAGGGCGGUUCUUCGGACAGGAAGAGCAAGUCAGGCGACAAGCACGCCGGACGCGAGAAGAAGGCGCGGAGCAGCAAAACGAGGAGCAGCAAAGGUGAAUCAUCGUCGUCGGGUCAGGCUGGCCAAGUUCACGGCAGAUCGGGUAGCAAUAGCAGCAGCAAAUCCGCCAAGAAGAGCGAACCGCUCAUCAGCUUGACCUCUACGGUCGACGUGGAUAUGGCGAUUGCCGAAACCAACAGCGUUCACGCGUACAACGAUCAACCUGAACGUGACUCUUUGGACGGCGAUCUGCCCAGCAGCUCGAUUGAUCCGUCGAAAUCCAAUCGCAGUUUGAAGGAGAAAGAAGCCGAAGCGACAGGCUUGUCCACCUCGAGCAUCGAUACACCGGACUUCAAUCCUCCGCUUUCACCGCGCAGCAUGGCCGGCAAUAAAUCCAUCGCACCUUCGACCAAGUCCGUCAUGAAGAGCGCCAACUGGACCGGCGAACGUGAGCCUUUCACUCACCUGUGGGUGUCACUGAGCUCGAUGUACGGCAAGCUGCUGGUGGUCCUCAUGUUGGCCUUUUGUUUCACCGAAGUUAUGGACAAUUCCAUCGCUCCAUUGACUUUUCAGGGGGUUUUCAUGAUCUACCUGUACGUGGGCAGCAUCGUCGCCAUCAUGUGCAUCUACAUUUCACUGUUGAUCGACCAAUGCCCUUCGUUAACGAAAUCGCGUGAGAACUUGACGGGUGUCGACGCCGAAACCGGUUCCGUAGGCUCAUUUGACACGCUCAAACGGGCUCACAUUUCCCGCGCUCAGACACCUCGCACUUCAUUCUACCUGCGAGUCGGAGCCCUUGUAUUUGGAUUGGCCACUUUGAUCUUUAACGGCUUGGAGAUCGCCAUGCACUCUACCAUGGAGGGCAAAUGUGUAGCAGAGAUCGUGUUCGCUCAUCCGAUCUUGCAGGCCUUGUUCACCUUCUUGCAAAUGCACUUCCUAUUCGUCAAUUCCGAGGUUUUGGUUGAGAAAUUUGGACUAUUGGCCCGCUUUGGUUUCAUGCACCUGAUCGCCACCAACGUUUCCUUGUGGAUCCGCACAGUCGUUUGGGAAUCGGCCAACGAAUGGCUCCAUUAUUUGCAUCACCAACGACUUCAUCAUGGAGCAGGACUCGGAGCAGAGGUAGGAGUGAUAGCCCAACGGCAGUUCAGUGGACGCAAUGGUGGGUACAUGCCCAGCGCUGACUACGCCUAUUUCGACGAUGAAGCCGACUUCCCCGCGGCCAACAACAUCGACUACAUCACCGCGUCCGUCGGUGGCCCGUCUUCGCUGUCAUCGAAUUGCAACAGCACGUUCGAGUUUAUCACGACGACACACAUUCAGAACAUGGUCGGCUUGUACGAGUGUUUCAACAACAACACGCUCGGCAAAAUGUGGGCCACUUCGAUGCCAUACCUGUUCCCUUUCCUGGUGGAAUACAAACUUAAAUUGGAACUUCAUUUCAGCCUGAUCGCUGCCGCCGUCGCUUACAUCAUGUGGCGCUCUGUCGGCCAACUCAAGAAGAACGGCGUCUUCCAAAGUCGAUUGCACAAGCAGCUGACAUCCGUCCCGGAUGAUAUCAACAACACGUUGGAUCCGCAUCGGCCCAAAGGUCAUUGGCGUGUCGAUUGCCAGGGAGCCAGUAAAGGACUUUUCCUCGGUUUGCUAUCGCUCGUCGCUGGAAUUAUUGUCCUCAUCAUCUUCUUCGUCAUGAAAGACAAUGUCGACUUCCGACCGGACCUGUUCUGGCUGUGCACUGGAACUCAAGUAACUGUUUUAGCUUUGGCCACCGUUUUCAACGCCAUCGGUUUCAUCCAGCUUCCGAAAUUAUCGCUGUCACUUCACAAACCGCUUCAUUUGGACGUUUUAUUGGCUAACAUCACAACUUACGGAGUUUUCAUUUACGCCAUUUUCGGCCUCAUUGUUGGAGGGACGAAUUUAUCCGAUCAAAAACACGUUAUGAUCUUUGUGAGCAAUGGAUUGUUGCUCAUCCAAGCCACGAUGCAGGGCAUGUUCAUCGCUGAGGCCAGCAAGCGUGUUUGCACGUCACGUUAUCAAAUGCUGUUCAAGCCCGGCAGGCAGAUUGUCACGUUCCUCCUGUUUGCCAACAUAACGCUGUGGCUGCUCGACACGUUCAUGACGCACAACUGGAUGACGCAAGAAUUGCAAUUCUCUUUCUACGGAUUCCUAGCGUGGGGCAUCAUUUCACGUCUGGCUUUGCCUCUUCUCGUCUUUUAUCGCUUCCACAGCGCUGUCGUCCUCAUCGAAAUUUGGAAAAACACUUACAGGACUAAAGAUGUUUAGACCGAUGGCAUUGCUAAAUAGCCGUUCAUCAAAAACAUUUUUCUUUUUCCCAACUCGAUCGUUUUGUUCUCUUACCUCACCGUAACACAUCCAUCACAUCCUUUACGAAGAGUUUUCGCUGCACUGAUGGUUAAAAUUCGUCAUUUAGUAUUUCAUCUGGCCAUAUUGAUAAUUACUCGCAUUGAAGUAGAUUUUUUUCCCUCUUACUGUAACUCCAUUAUCGCCGAAAAUGCUUUGCCUUACUCAACAUUUAUAGAUGACGUUAACUAUCGCCGAAUUAGAUUUCUUGAUUGCGUUGGAACUGAAACUUCGCUUCGAGGACCCAAUUGAAAUCAACUGUCGCAGACCUUUAACAAUGCGAUACAAAAAGUUGGUAACGCUAAAGAAAAACAUUUGAAUAAAAAUCGACAGAUAAAUAAAAUAAAAGGAAAAUGGCCAUUAAGUGCAAAUGUUGAGAAUGCAGGCCAUUGUAUCGAAUGGCUUUUGAAUGACGUCCAGCCAGGCAUUGUUAAUGUCAAUUGGACAGCUUGGAAGAGCAAGACUUUGCAUAUCACGUCGUCCAUCAUCAACGUAAGACGACGGAUUCAUAUUUGUCAAUAUUUACGAAAUUUUUCAUUUUUAUAUUUUUACUCAAUUAAAUCAAUUCAUUCCCGAUAGGCCUAUCAAUUGCCUAUUGUCUUUCUAUUUAUUUUGAAAUUUAUAUUUGUUGAAAGCUAUGGAUAUUGUGUGAGUCAACGAUGCGGCAUAUUGUACAAUCUUAAUCACCUUUUCUUAUAUACCUGGCAUGAGAGAUUUUUAUGCCGACGAUUGCUAGCAAAAGUGGACUGAUUGAGAGACAGCCUAGUUCUGGACGUCCAUAAUAUAUGCAGACGAAACAGUGGUGCGUUCUCAUCCAGCAAGUAUAUCUCUAGUGAAAUGACAUAAACGCACACGGUAUUUGUUGUACUGCAUCGGCAAGAAAGAGAUAAGGGCCUGAUCAUAUAUGUCUCUGUAUGUUUUUACCUUAUAUGCAUAAUGUUUUUGAAUAAUAUUGGCUAUACAUUAAAUGAAUGUAGCCUUAAAGCACAAAGGAAAUACAAAGUUCUGCGUUGAA